GUCAGCUUCGCACAAUAGCCACGCCUCGGCCCAACUUCCACAGGUAGAACAAGGUGAAUGCUGUAGUACAGUGAUCCCACUUAGGCUAACUUGGGGGAAUAAUAUUUGGAUUUUCAGAGCCGUGGACAACAACGCCCGCAUGCUACUGUCAAUCGAUUAAUUCCGGGCCUAAGAUGUUUUCAUUUCUGUGGAGUUUGGUGUUUACUACUCUUGGAAUCGUUUCUUUUACCUAUGCAGCUGACGGGGAUGUGAGGUUGGUUGGACGACCAAGGACCUACAUGGGUCGUGUUGAAAUCGAGAUGGGUUCCACUUGGUAUUCAAUAUGUGAGGAAGGAUGGGGCAUUGAAGAGGCAGACGUCGUUUGUCGACAACUCGGAUUCCCGGAAGGAGCAAUGUUUUCAAGUGUGUCCCCUCGCAGUGAUUUCGGUAUUGGAACUGGGGAUAUGUUGUGGAGUGACUACAAUUGUACAGGGACCGAACCUAACCUUCUCUCCUGUGACUCAGGAGCAAAUCUUAAUUCUGACGAUUGCAGUAUAAAUCAGGAUGUAGCAAUAAUUUGUAAUGUGCCUGCUUAUCUUGGUUGUUAUGAGAUCGCUGAAGGCACGUACCCACCAAAUUUGAAAAGAGUAAGCUCAGCGUCAGAAAGUAUCGAGGCGUGUUUAGGUGUGUGUAGGCUACACUCGAUGUAUGCGGCGCUUGGUGUCCAGGGUGACAAUAACAGAUGCUUUUGUUUCUCUGGCGAUUAUACAACAUUAACCACCCUAUCUAAUGACCGAUGUAAUACAGAAUGCACCGACGACAGUAGAGCAGCAUGUGGUGGUGUAAAUGCUUAUAGUAUUUAUCCAGUGACAUUGGGUGCGAUGGGCGCUGUUGUCACCGACGCUGGCAACGGAUCUAUCUAUUCGCCUAAUUUUUUCGGCGACUAUCAGCCAGGUCUUGAUACCACGUGGACACUAUCUUUUACUGAAAACAACAUAGUGACGGUUGAGUUUAUUAUGUUUUUGCUGGAUGGCGGAGAUACGUUGACGGUUUCCGAUGGCAUUUCUACGAAUACGUACGGUAAUAACCAGGCUUCACCUUUCACGUGGACGUCUGGCUCAACAAGGACGGUAACUCUGCAGUUUAUAUCUGCUAGUGAUUCCGAUGGUGGCUAUGGAUUUCUUCUUACAUACUUAAGUACCACUUCUGGAAUCCCGAUUGUAACCACUAAAGUUGCGACUACUAAACCAGCAACUACUGUUGUGACAACAAGGGUGACAACAAAUAACAUUGUCACAACGAAGAAAGAUGAAACCACAAUAUCAGAUAGUACCACAUCAAAGACAACAGAAGCAGACGAAAAAACCACUAGUGACACAACAAUUGCGGACGGAACCGAACGCACUGAAGUAACGAAACCUGUGACGACAAAAGUUACAACGAAAAUCGAAACCGACGUAACAACUGUAACAGCGUCCGCAACGACAACCAUCACGACUGAUGUACCUGAUAACCCAACGACACUAAUGGAGACAGAUCCUGCAUGUCCUGUAUUUUAUGGAUCAAGUGAUUUAUCAAACGAAGGCAAUACUGCCUCCUCUGAUCAGCUUAUUUUAGCUUAUGGCGCCCCUUUUAAAUGUGACACUGUUGUAACCGAUGUUUCUCUGCAUGCGCUUUCGGAGGCUACAUAUACAUUGUUCGUUCUACGACAAUCCGAAGAUGACUUCCAGGUUGUCAGCAAAGCUGUCGUUACCUCCACUUCCACGAAUUCCGUAGUAGAUGAAGAGCUCACGUCCUCGUCGACUGUGGUAGCGAAAGCCGGAGAUUUUGUCGCCAUAGCCUACAAAGCUGGCACGUUUUCAUUCAGCGAGAAUCAUGGCGGAACUAUGAAUUUUACUGUUUUUGAUACUAGUUAUUCAAAUUUUGACACUAUUGCCGCUACAGAUGUUUUGGAUUUACCUGAUAGUUCAAUGGAUGUUAAGAGACAAUAUCCCUUCCAACUUACAAUGCGACCCGCAAAGGUUUGUGACUUAACGAGUGAUGUUAGUGGAGGCAGUUACGAUGUGUCGUCCUUAUUAGAGGGCCAAAUGACUACGCUUAUAUGCUAUGAUAGCUUCGAGGCAAAACGUUAUGACGAUUCUGACGAAUAUGAUUAUAAUUAUAUUAACGUCACUUGCACGUCGAAUGGUUUGAGACACAGUGGUAUAUGUAGAGAAAAGACUUCCAACACAACUUAUAUUGUUAUAUUUACGACGAUUGUGGGCUGUUUGGGGUUCUGUUUAGUCUUUGUCUACUGUGCAAUUUUAUGUUCAAAGCAGGAUAAGACAAGCGGAGGUGUCGAUGAGGUGGAUGAAAAAACACCAUCUGAUAAAAAUGUAUUAAUACAGAUUGAUGACCCGGAAGAUAAUGUUGAUUCUCCAGCGGCUGAGGCUCAGGAAGAGGAUGGAACAGGGGAAAACAAUGAUGUACCAGAUGGUGAUUCAGACGGUGAACAAAACGAUGAGCCAGACGAAGAGCCAGAUGGUCAAGCAGACGGGGAGCAAUCAAACACACCAUCGUCUGCUGGAGAGGUUGGGGGCGUUGAUAAUCCAGUUUAUCAGAGUAAUGAAUGGGUACCAGAGGUGGCAGGGCCAGAGGACUAAUAUACGCACACUUAUAUCAUGGAGAAAAUAAAUGUGGACAACGAUUUGGCAAGGACAAAUAUCAAGAAUCGGAUCGGACUAAUAUCUCAAUUCCUAAGGGGAUAUAUGUUUGAUAACAGUUAGUGGUAUCUGCACUAACGAUUUUUGCAAUCUUGAAUAAAAGUCUGGAUAUAUUUUAUUUUAUUUUAUUUUUUUAAGAUAGUCAAUUUAAAUGUAAUGUUACAUCAUACAACAAAUGCUGAGCUGCCUCCCAAGGAUUGCAACUAAACGUACAAUUACUUGUGGCUUUAUUUACGGUGCCACGCAAACGCUUCUCCAUACAAACAUUGUAAACUUGUUCUUUAUACUCCUCCGGUUUAAUAAGUGCAGUAAACGUAAGAACAUUAUUCGGCACCUCAUUCUUGAUGAUGAAAUUAAUUUCGAAACAUAAGAUCCAAACACGAUGGCGUGCAUUUCAAUACUUGGAGUAUGUACAAUAUUAGACUUUCUUAUUCGACUCAGUACAUUAAACUAGCAGCAUUAUGUGGCCUACAUAUGUAGUAAUGCAAUUAUUAUAACAAAAUAUAUCAAAACAUGCAAAUACACUGAAAACAAAGUAGAAUUAAAAAUCAGAGCUACCAUUCUACCAAUACUGGCAUGGACGUCAUCUUUUAGAUUCAUUUAGAAAAAAAAGUAAUGUAAAUAAAAUAUUAAGUAGAUUAAUGUGAACCCACCAAAAA